UGUCUUUAAUCUAUGGUCCAUUUGCUGUCAAAUACCCAGGUAAAAUUUUUCUAGUCUCUCAUUUUUGACAGCCCAAGUGGAAAGAGAUUCAGUGCCGAUAGUGCCGAAAUGUAUAAAUUUUCGAAUCAUUUAGCAUACGCCAAUCUUGUUUUGGUGAGAAAACCAGUUGGCGAAAGCUCAUGCGCGGCUCUAGUUGUAAUGCGGGCGCCGCGCCGCCAUGCACACUAUGACAACCAAUCUCAAUCCACACCAAAGACACCACCAAAGUCGAGAAAACUUCUAUGGGGUACAAUCGGCGCUACGGUGCUCACUGGAGCUGCUGUUGUAUAUGCAAAAAGCACUCCUGAAGCUCGAAACUGGCUUGAAUCUAAUGUCCCUUGGGCCAACGAUUUUGUGGCUCUUGUAUACCAAGAGAAUACAACAUACUGGAAGUUCACCGUCAAUCAGUUUAAUAAGAUCUCAUCAUCACUGGGAAAUAUCAUGUUUGGAAAGGAGGGUGUUUCACCAAUAGAUUACAAGAAGAGACCAGAACAGAAUUUAGAAAAAGAUGCCAUAAAAGAAUUCGGCAAGAAAGAUUAUCAAUUGCCACCACCUUCAUUUGAACCACUGUACGUUGAGGAGAAGAAAUUGGAGACACCUGAUGUAGAAACCACUGCGACGUUAGUCCAAACGGAAAAAAGCGAUCCACAGUCGCCACCGCCUAUAAAUAUCACUAAAAACAUGGUGGAGCUGGAACAUGAUAUGCACGAAAAUACCAAAGCGGCCAUUGACAACUACAAGAAAGCCACGAAGUUCUGUGCUGAUUACAAUAAGGCACUAUUUAAGAUCGUUGAAUCGUCGUUGGAUGAUUUAGAUAAGAGACACUAUAGCGCGCUCCAUGGAGCACAGAGCGAGAGAGAUGCAGUCUUUAAAGUAGCGAAAGAUGCGUCCGCGAAAGCUAAAUGUGCCAUAGACACCUUGGACCGCUUGAUCAAGGCGGGCGUGCAGGCGCCACCGGAAAGCGUGGCGGCCACUACGCGGUACAUCAAGCAGUUCCGCGCCGAUCUCACCGAGGCGGAAGUCGCAUACAAGAAGGAACAGGAGAAGUCUGUGCUAAGUGAUAGGUACUGGAAUAAGGUCGAAGCGGCUCGGCAAGCGUACAAAGACGAGUUGCAGUUACUAUUCCCCGGUAUCGACAUCUCAGCACGCAAACUCGAUGUCAAGGGUGACACUGAUCUCUUACUGCUCUACACACUGAAGCAGAUCCAAUUUCUUCAAAAUCAGUUGGCUGAAAUUCAAACAGUGAGAGACCUUAAGAUCAAGAGAGCUAUUGAAUGUCACGAUCAAAAGGAGAUAAUUGAAACAAAAGUCGACGAUUUGAUUCAUCAAGAGAGAUUAUUAAAAGAAAAAGAAUUCCAGAAAAAGAGCCUAGAAAUCCAAGCAGAAGCUAAUAGGAAAUUAAAAGAGCAACUUAAAAAGCAAUUUGAAAUUCAACAAGAAGUUUUACAAGAUAAACUCGCGAACAAAGAAAAAGAGAUCCUGGGUAAAUUCAGCCGAGCCGUGUCCGAGCAAGUGGAGAAGGAGCGUGUUGUGUUCAAGCGUGAACUAGCCUCGAUGGCCGGCAAAUUGAAGGCCAUUGAACAGACGCUCAAGCAGCGCGCGAAGGCGGAAGCGGAAGCGCGGCGUUCGCAGUCUCUAUGGGCUGCCGGCGAGGCGCUAUUGGCUGCUACUCGCCGCCUGCAGCCCGCUACUACCAUAGACAACGAGCUUAAGGCACUAGAGAAAGCCGGUAAAGACGACAAAUUGGUGCAGACUGUACUUAAAGGUAUACCACAAGAGGUGCGGGAGAAUGGAAUCGCCACAGAGAAGGCUUUAAGGGAAAGGUUCGAUAAAAUGGAAAAAGCCGCAGUGAAAGUGGCUCUGAUUGGUCGUGAGGGUGCAAGCCUACCUGUAUAUUUCCUUUCAUGGCUGCAAUCCAAGCUUUUGUUCUAUAAGUUUGCUGAAAUACCAAAGGACGAAUUAGACAAUCAACCUACAGACUUCACUAGUUUAGAUACCUUUGAUAUAAUUCAAAGGGCGAGGUACUACAUGGACCAGGGUAACCUGGGCGCGGCGCUUCGCUACGUGAACCUGCUGCAGGGCGGCCCUCGGGCUGCCGCGCGGGCCUGGGCCUCCGCUGCCCGCACUCAUCUCGAAGUGCGGCAGGCCGCGGAGGCUGUGAUGGCACAUGCAUCCGUCUCCGGCUUGCUUUACCUGUAGGCACCAGUCACCAGUCAACCGUCGCUAGUUACCAGCCUAAAUCACGAUGGUAAUCACCGAGCUACAAGUGAAGAAUUAAAUCUGCGAAUCUAGCAUUCGUUUAAAAAUAACAUGUUUACAUUCAUUUAUACGAUUCAAUACAUUUGAAGCUGUUUAACUUUAUCUGCUUCUUUUUCACUCAUUUAGAAACAAAUGAAAUGGCAUUCAGUACAAUUCGAGAAUGUAAUAUAUUUAGGGUGCGUUAUUUUAAUUCAUUGCUGGCCAAUAUUAGUCAUAGCACUGUAUACUUUAUGCUUUUGUUACGGUUGUUUUAAAUAUGGUGAUAACAUUUCUCAUUUUAUUUUUUUUUUUUACCGCAUUAUAUUGUAUUUUAUUAUGAAAUACUUUGAAGAUCUGUUGCCAUUAUUGUUCUGAUUUAUCCAAACUACUAUUUUUAUGCUCGUAUAAAUAAAAUGGCAAAAGUUUGAACAAUUUAAUAAUUUAAACUUUCUAUACAAUUUUAUCACAAUUUUGUUCGUGAAACAGAAUAUAGAAUGUCGUAUAUUGAAGAGUAAAAUUGUCUUUAAUUUAUUUAUACGGGAACUGUCAUUUUGCAUUAGUUUCAAUAAAUAAGACUAUUUAUUUUUGUUAUUGAUUACACUGCAGUGUCAAAGUUAUGGUUCUUAUGGUGUUCACACACGAAUAAGGUGUUAUAGUAUAGAAUGCCUGUUGUGAGUUGUAUAAAGAUUUAUAUUACGAACGCGUUCAUAUUUAUAUCGAUUUUGUAACAGCGCCUCUAGCGGAUAGUUUUAGAAACUUAGAUGUCUUUGAAUCCUUGUUCGACCCACAUUAGGCACUCGGAAUGCAUGUAGUACGUAUUAGUAUUGUAUUACGCGAUGAAUGCUGCACUGUGAGUGCUUAGGACGAGUUCAUAAAAAAGUGUUGAUCGAGAAUUAUUUAUCAUGAGUGUUUUUAACUUUGACCAAUUGUCGUAUGUAAACUCGUACUAAGACCUCAGUAUGAUUACCCAUUCGCUAAGAUUCGUGUGUGAAGGCACUUUGGUAAUGUUGUUCAAUAAUAAACUUUAUAAUAUAGUUAUAAUAAUUGUUAUUGAUUGUGAAAAGGUAGCUGAGACGUCUUGAGUAUUUUGUUGUAUUUUAUAAUCUCCACCAUACUUAAAUAUGUCAUUUUAAAUGCAGAUACCGACUCAGAAAUGUACAGUAGUAUUAGAUUUUCUGUAACAUGUUGAUAGUUUAUAAAUAUUAAAAAUCAUGAUAGAUUUUUUUCUGCCAUUUCGCAUUUAUCAAUCGGGAUAUUUAAAUUACGGUGCCAGGUGCAAACAAGGAGGUUCUUUAAUUUUAGUAAUUUAUGUAAAUAUUAAAAAAAUAUUGUAUGUAAUUUAAAUUAAAAGAAUGAUUUUUA